AUGGCUCCGACAGCGCCUACGCAGGAACCCCGGAUGAGCCACCGGGCCAAGGCUCUCGCCCGGCUGGCCGACCCAACUCUGCCUCGCAAGGUGCACCGCGAUAACAACGCUGUGACUGAUGCCUUUCUACACUCGAAGCGCGACAAACAAACCAUCCGCAAGUCUGUGUUCCGUGCGCGCGUGGCCGAUAGCGCAGCGGCCGCCCGCAGCAGCCGCACCGGGGCUACGCGAGCGCUUCGGCGUCGUCGGCCGUCCAAGAAGUUGGUGGCCACGCUGCAGUCGCUUGCCGAUGCCCUCCCGGAGUUAGAAGAGGGAGGUGGCAAGGGUGCCGAGGACGAACACAGUGGGGGGGCCUCGCGGCGACGGACGGCGAGCCUGCACAGUCGGCCGGGCGCAUUGAAGCGCAAAGAAAAGGUGGUCAAGGCUGAGAUGGCACGCUUCGGUACCAACCUGGCACAGCUGACAGCCACACACGAGGAUUCCAUGGCCGUCUCGCUGCCGUCCGCUUCUGACGACGGCGCUGCGAGUACCGUUGACGACGUCUCUGCCGCCCCAACGACAAAAGCCUCGACGGCCAAUCGCUGGGCCCUACUACGCACCUUCAUUUCAUCUACCAUGGAGCAGAGCCCGGCUUUUGAAAACCAGAGCUGA